AUGUAUCUGUCUGUCUGUCUGUUUCUAACUGUCCCUUAUUCUUUCUUUCUUUCUGUCUGUCAUUUUUUAAAUUUCUGUUUUUAUAUCUAUCUAUCUAUCUAUCUAUCUAUCUAUCUAUCUAUCUAUCUAUUUCAGUUGUUCUUUCUUUUCUUCUUUCUUUCUUUCUUUUUUUCUUUUGUCUGUCUGUCUGUCUAUCUAUCUAUCAAUUUAUUUAUUUCUAAAUGUCCCUUUUUCUUUCUUCCUUUCUUUCUUUCUUUCUUUCUUUCUGUCUGUCUGUCUUUUUUAUUUCUUUGUUCUUUCUUUUCUUCUUUCUUUCUUUCUUUCUUUCUUUCUUUCUUUCUUUUGUCUGUCUGUCUGUCUAUCUAUCUAUCUAUUUAUUUAUUUCUAAAUGUCCCUUUUUCUUUCUUUCUUUCUUUCUUUCUUUCUUUCUUUCUGUCUGUCUUUUUUAUUUCUGUUUUUAUUCCUAUCUAUCUAUCUAUCUAUCUAUCUAUCUAUCUAUCUGCUUUUAAAUGUCUUUUUCACCCCAUCUAUCUAUCUAUUUCUAAAUGUCCCUUUUUCUUUCUUUCUUUCUUUCUUUCUUUCUUUCUUUCUUUCUUUCUUUCUUUCUUUAAACUUAAGCUAGCUAAAAUAUAA